AUGCCCGGAAACACCGAGCUGGACAUGACGCACACAGUGUGCAGGCAUUGCAAAACUAAGAUCAAGCACUUCGGCAACACAACAAAUGCGCGGGCUCAUAUUAUGAGGCAUCACCCGGAGAUUAAAGACACAGAGCAGAGUCAGCCACCAGCUGUAGACCAACGCACACUGCAGUGCUUCACAAAGCUCUCUGCCAGCUCCGAGCGGGCAAAAAAAAUAACUCGGUCUAUCGCCUGCUUCAUCGCCAAAGACCUACGGCCUUACAGUGUGGUGGAGAACGAGGGGUUCAUCUGCAUGUUGCAGACAGCGGAGCCAAGGUACGCCAUGCCGUCCCGUAAGUUUUUCACUGAGACAGCUGUGCCACAGCUUUACCAAGAGACUAAAAGAAAGGUCGCCAGUGCCCUAACCAAAACGACCAGAGUGGCACUAACAUGUGAUGCAUGGACAUCAAGAGCAACCCAGUCUUUUGUGACAUUCACCGCUCACUACAUAACUGAUACGUGGCUGCUCGAAUCUCGUGUUUUGCAAACUCGUGUGAUGCACGAGAGCCACACAGCCGUGAAUGUCAAUGCCAUGUUUCACUCCGUUGCUGAUGAAUGGGAGCUGACGGUCCCGGAUCUGGUGAUUGUGACUGAUAAUGCUGCCAACAUGCUCGCCGCUACACAGAUUGACAACUUGGCACACAUUACAUGUUUUGCCCAUACUCUCAACCUGGCUGCUCAACGAGCUCUGAAGCUGACUACAGUGUUACGACUGCUUGGGAGGAUCAGGCGAAUCACUGGUUUCUUCCACCGCAGCGCCAUCGCGAAUCAUGAACUGCAGGAGAAACAGAAACUUCUACAGUUACCGGUGCACAAACUGAAACGGAUGUCGCUACGAUGGAACAGCGCGCUGGACAUGAUCGAGCGAUUCCUAGAGCAGCAGCCUGCUAUUUGUGCCGCGCUGCUCUCCCCACAGGUGAGAAGAUGUGGAAGUGACAUCUGCACACUCAGCGACAUGGACAUUUCCACUGCUGAGGACAUAGCAUCGGCGCUGAAACCAAUGAAAGAUGCAACCCACAUCAUGUCAGAGGAUUCUACGCCUACACUCUCAGUUAUUGCUCCUUUGCAUGCUCAGUUGCUGCACGACACAGAGGCAGCUGGCGUUGGUGCUGACACACCAGUUAUUCGGGAAAUCAAACUGGCAAUCCAUGAAGAUCUGGCAAAAAGAUACAGUUCUGCACAGGAUAAGCGCAUGCUUCACUCUGCUUCCUUUUUGGACCCCAGAUUCAAGGCCCUGCCUUUCCUCACCAAGGAGGACCAGCUGGAAGUCCAUGCCAAUGUAGUUGCAGAGGCUGCAGCACUUGAGAGUCAUGUGAACUCAGAGGAGGCUGAGGACAAGUCUGAGACACCACAGCCAGACCCAGAAGAAGGCCCUGCUCCAAAAAGAAGGCCCUCUGCACUGGUUACGCAAGACAUUUACUGA